AUGAAAGGCAAGUUUCAAACCACUGUCGAAUCGCGGAAGAAGAUCACUGUGGCAACCAUUUAUGUGACAGAAGCUGACGGGGGGUGUCUCCUUAGUGCAAAUACGGCCGAAGACUUGGGGCUUAUCACAGUACAUUUGAACCAAGUUAAAACUACAAAACCCAACAGCAAACAGCACAACAAGUGAAUAUUCCAGACAAAGGUGUACAGCAUAUUGUAAACAAUCAUUCCAGUGUUUUUCAAAGACAAGGCAAAUUACAAAACAAACAAAUCGAGCUAAUUAUCGACGAAACCGUGAAGCCAGUGGCUCAAAAGCAACGUCGAAUACCAUUUUACUUGCGCGAAAAAGUAGAACGUGAGCUGUCCAAAUCAGAACAUGAUGAUAUCAUUGAACCGGUACCCGACACCGAAGAAACAGACUGGAUUUCUCCUCUGGUUAUUGUCCCUAAGAAAGACGAUAAUAUACGUUUAUUUGUUGACAUGCGAGCAGCGAACAAUGCAAUCAAACGUGUUCGGCACCCAAUUCCAACCGUCAAGGACGUUUCGUUAGAACUAAACGGUGCUAGGUUUUUCACAAAACUGGACUUGACUCAAGCGUACCAUCAGCUAGAAUUAUCUCCAAGUAGUAGACACAUCAGAACAUUUGUCACACAUACUGGUGCAUAUAGAUUCAAGCGACUUAAUUACGGAACUAACUCGGCGGCAGAGAUAUUUCAACGUACGUUGCAGCAAGUAUUACAAGGCAUCAAGGGCGUACGGAAUAUCGCAGACGACAUUCUUAUAUUUGGAAGCACUUAUAAAGAGCAUAACACAUCCUUGGAAGAAUGCCUACAACGAUUGGAGGCCAAUGGACUAACCUUGAAUUUGGGUAAGUGCCUGUUUUUGAAACAGAACCUUGAUUUUUUUGGUCUGGUGUGUUCUAAGGACGGUGUUAGCCAAGACCCAAAGCAAAUAUCAGCCCUUGCAAACACUACCACUCCAACAACCCCAAGUGAAUUCCGUAGCUUACUUGGGCUGGCAAACUUUAGUGCACAAUUUAUACCUAAUUUUGCCACGAUCACAGAACCACUUUGUAUGCUUACGCACAAAAACAUCCCAUUUACAUGGGGGGACGAACAAGAGAAUGCAUACCAAACACUAAAAACUGCCUUGAUAAGUAAACCUGUGAUUAGCUAUUUUGAUCCAGGCAAAGAAAUUGUCAUAUUAGUUGAUGCAAGUCCAGUGGGACUAUGUGCAAUUCUAGCACAACGAGCCAAAGGUUCCACAAAAACACACACAAUCUCCUAUGGUAGUCGAGCACUCACAUCAACUGAGAAACGCUAUUCUCAGACCGAGAAGGAAGCUCUUGCGAUUGUUUGGGGUAUAGAGCACUUCCAUCUGUACCUGUAUGGGGCCUCAUUUACACUACACACAGAUCACAAACCGCUUGAACUCAUUUAUGCAAAUCCCUUGUCAAAACCCCCAGCUAGGAUCGAAAGAUGGAUCCUGCGGUUGCAGCAAUAUGAUUUUAAAGUGGUGUACAAAGCGGGGAAAGACAACCCUGCAGAUUUUUUGUCACGUCAUAAGCAAAGGAAAGCAACCUAGCGGAUGAAUAUGUUAACUUUGUAACUGUUGCAGCAGUUCCCAGUGCACUCACUCUUAGCGACAUCAGUAAGGCUACACGUGAGGAUAAGGAUCUCUGUACUUUAAGAGAGGCGGUUGAAACAGGACACUGGGUGAACAAUAGUCAGCUAGAACCAUAUAAGUAUAUUAAAGAUGAAAUCACAGUUGACUCUCAUAACAAUGUAUUACUACGGGGCACACGAAUACUAGUUUCCUCAUCUCUUCGACAACAAGUCAUUAACGUUGCGCAUGAGGGUCACCAGGGCCAAGCCAAACCAAAGCGCUGCUGCGAGAAUCAGUAUGGUUUCCCGGGAUGGACAAGGCAGUAAAAGAAACAGUAGACGGCUGUUUGGCAUGCCAGGCAAACUUACACAUUAACCCACCAGAACCCAUACAGUCACCACCCAUGCCCGAUCGUCCAUGGGAGAAAGUUAAAGUUGAUUUUUAUGGGCCUCUCCCAUCGGGACACUAUGUGCUGGUAGUAAACUAGUAAUUGACUGUUAUUCACGAUUUCCAGAAGUAGAAACUCUGAAGUCCAUUUCAGCUAAGAAGGUUAUUCCUAAAUUGGAUUCUAUAUUUGCGAGGCACGGUAUCCCUGCUCAGCUCAUUUCUGAUAAUGGACCACCAUUCCAGGGGCAUGAAUUUAACCAAUACAUGACUGCCAUGGGUAUAGAACAUUGCACAUCCACACCAUUAUGGCCGCAAGGAAAUGCAGAGGCUGAAGCAUUCAUGAAGCCUCUUGGCAAAUGUAUCAG